AUGGAAAAACAUGAACAACAAAUGCAUUGCGGAACUCAGACUUUAAUGGCAAUGCUACGAGAAAAUUUCUGGAUUUUGAAAAGUCGUAAAACUAUUCGUAAAGUGUUGAAAAACUGCACUAAAUGUAGAAGAUUUGAUUCGAGGCCCUCCACGGUACAAUCCGCACCUUUGCCAAAGGACCGUGUUAAAGAUUCUUCUAUUUUUGAAGUGACAGGUAUCGACUUAGCUGGCCCUUUGUUUUUAAAAAAUGGGAUCGAAAACGUGGAUCGUUUUAUUUACAUGUGUGCUGUAUACAGGGCAAUUCAUCUUGAACUUUUAACGUCUUUGUCAACAGAUAACUUUUUAUUGGCUUUCCGACGUUUUAUAGCACGCAGAGGAAGACCUGAAAUUGUCUACACUGAUAACGGUAGUAAUUUUAUUGGUACAAAUUCGCUCUUAAAAAUGAUUGACUGGGAUAAACUUAUUAAAAAUCAUGUUGUCAACCGCAUUAAGUGGAAAUUUAUCCCACCAGCUUCUCCCUGGUGGGGUGGAUUUUGGGAAAGAAUGAUUGGCCUGAUGAAAAACAUUCUCAGAAAAGUUUUAGGUAAUGCCUCACUGAAAUAUGAAGAACUCUAUACGAUCCUCUGUGAUUGCGAAAAUAUCUUAAAUUGCAGACCAUUAACUUAUAUUUCCGAGGACUUGGAACUGGAACCCUUGACACCUGCAAUGUUUUUUCGUGAUCUAAAAGAAAGUGGCGUUCCAGAUCUAGAUAUUAUUGAUGCCAAAUACUUACAAAAAAGAGAAAUAUGUGUUAAACUAUCGGUUGGAGACAUUGUGUUAAUAGAAACACCUGAGAAAAGAAUUAAGUGGCCUCUAGGAAAAAUUAUAACACUCAUCCCAGGAAAUGAUGGAGACUGUUUGAGAAAGAAGCAUUCUGAUCAAAAAAUGUGUGAUAAGCCUACAACUUCUAUUGGAUCUACAGAGUUUCGUGCCACUGACAAAGAUCAGUCAGAUGAACUCAAUCAGAAUCCCCUCAAAACAACUAGAUGUGGACGAGUGAUUCGAACUCCUGAACGAUUAAACCUCAUGAACUUUCAACCAGACUGUGGCUGA